AUGUUGCAUCGCACCUCGCCCGAAUUGUUUCGUUCCUUGCGCAUUCUACUCGGCUGUGAACCCUUGAUUCCACCCGUGAUCAACAACACCAGCCACAUGGAAAUUGGAUCGGUCCCCGGUGUCCCGUCUCCGAUUGGUGCACUUUUGAGUGCUGUUAGUAGACCGGACGGAAAAACGGAACCGCUUUUAUCAGCCGCACCCGGUGUGGUACCACUCGGACCCUCAGUUGUCCGACGUCCCAGCACGCCACCAUUGGCGUCUGUAGGACCUUCUGAGACUGGGGCGCUCACCGAUCCACGCUUAACUCGAGGUCUCGCAGCUACUCGUGUGGGAGUAGUUUCCCCCAGUUUACCUGUCACUGUUUCCCAGCCGGAUGUAGCUAGUCCCAAACCUGUCUUGGAAGCUUCCAUACCUUGCACCAACCAGGUGAACGCAAUCUCGUCAACACCCCCUCCACCACUGUUACAACAGCCUUCUCCAUCGGCACUGACCAAUGUGGAAAGUCCAACAAUAUCAGAUGAGAUCACCGCGCGAGGUGGAGGAAAGCGGAACUGUCUAACACUCCCCGCGACAACACGUGCGGUGUCCAGUGCCACCGUUGCAGAACCACCCCUUCUUUCGGAGGAUGAUCUGGACCAACUGGAAAUUGAUAGUAUUAGUCAUAGUGACUCGACACUGUCGCGCGCAUCCUGGAGUCCACCCCCAUUACCACCAUCGCAACAUGCCUUCCGUUCGAGACAGGAACAGUUACCUGACACACCGGAAUCAAUGGAGUUUGCGAUCGACAAUCUGCGACAACGUUUUCAAGAAUAUCAGCUAUGGUACCACUAUUCGGUCAAACCAGUUGACGUGAAUACUCUGAUCGAACAACUCGAUGGUCCCAUUCGAACCGCACUGGAGAGUUUUCGCGAUUUGGCCAUAAAAGUUGGUCUCGUUCGGAAUACGGGUACAAUGGUGUGUGCAGAUCGCCUUAUUCCACGUGACCCAGAUCCGGAUGUGAUAAACGGUUGUGUAGAUCAACAACGUCUGAGUACCGUACGACUCCGAUCUGCUUUGGUUUUACGCGAACUGUGCGAAGCCAUGGAGAUCUUUGUACAGGCAGUAUUGGAUGAAGACUGUUUCGACGAUCUGGUCGUUGCAGCACGAGUCGCGUCUGUGGUAUGCGAAUUGCUCUACCCAUUGUUUGCCGAGCGCCUGAUGCCAACCGGUCCUGAGUGGUCUGAAGAGUAG